UUAAACAGCAUGGAUCCCAGCAGUGACUACCAUUUCCUCAACCAGAUUUUGUGGAGAAGGGUGAAGCUCACACUGGUGUCUGGCAUCUUUGAGGGUGUGCUCCAGCAUGUGGAUCCUAACAAGAUUGUUGUCCUGAAAAAUGUGAAGAACGUAGAGUCAGGAUGGAGUGUCCCAGGAGUGAAAAUGUUUUACGGGCAUGAGAUUUUGAAUGUGGAACUAAUGGAUGAAGCAGAAGGUGCAUCGGGAGAAAAGGCAUACUCCGUUAGCAUAAAUACAGAGCGAGCUGGAACGGAGAAAGUGAACAAUGAAGACAUGAAUGUCUUUGUACCUGCUUCACCUGCUUCACCAGAGGUGCCAGCCAGCUCCCUCCUCAGUGACCUCAAGUACUGCCCGUCAGAGGAAGAGGAGGUGACAUACACAGUCAUUGAUCAGUUCCAGCAGAAGUUUGGUGCUGCAAUGCUCCACAUCAAGAAGCAGAGUGUCUUGAGUGUUGCUGCUGAAGGAGCUAAUGUGUGUCGCCAUGGGAAACUCUGUUGGCUUCAGGUGGCCACAAACAGCCGAGUUUACUUGUUUGAUAUUUUCCUUCUGGGAAGUCGUGCUUUCAACAAUGGACUUCAGAUGAUCUUAGAAGACAAGAGAAUCUUAAAGGUUAUCCAUGAUUGUCGCUGGCUCUCAGAUUGCCUGUCACAUCAGUACGGAAUUAUGCUGAACAAUGUCUUUGACACACAGGUAGCUGAUGUCCUUCAGUUUUCUAUGGCAACGGGUGGCUUUCUUCCAAACUGUAUCAGUACUUUGCAGGAGAGUUUAAUCAGACACCUUAAAGUUGCUCCCAAAUACCUUUUCUUUUUAGAAGAGAGAAAGAAACGUAUUCAGGAAAAUCCAGAAAUAUGGUUGACAAGACCUCUUCCACCCUCUUUAUUGAAAAUCUUGGCCCUGGAGACAACCUACCUGCUUCCACUUCGAUUGGUGCUCCUGGAUGAGGUGAUGUCAGACUUAACCACACUGGUGGAUGGGUACCUGAAUGCCUACCGAGAAGGUUCUGCAGACCGGCUUGCAGGCAUAGAGCCUGCAUGUAUGGAGCUGCCGGCAGAGCUGCUUCAACUCCAGGACUUCCAGAAGCAGCGCCGAGAGCGAGCUGCAAAGGAGUACAGAGUGAACGCACAGGGCCUCCUCAUAAGGACACUGCUGCACCCAAAGGAGCCAGCAGCUCGCACAGCAGGGAAGGACGAGCGAGUCCAGGGUUUCUUAUUUUGUAAGACGUCUGGUGUAGACCAAGUUCCACACUUUAUAUGUCAGGAAUCUCAUAUGGAUGAGAAUUUUUUGGAUAAAGAAUCUAAACAAACCACAGCAAAGUCUCAAAUUUUGCCUCCCAGGAAGGAAGGCAAAGCCUGCGAGGACUCUGAGAACAAAUCAGUGAGUUGGGAGUCAGCGGGGCCAGAAGCCCUGAGAGCCAAGGAAGCCUGCUCCCUGCCUCCCAUGCAGACGUGUCAAUCACAUUUUUCUUUGAAAGAGGAGAUAGAGCAGUUGCUGCUGGUGGAAAAUAAGGGAGCUUUAACAAGCCCAAGGGAAGACACUUUGGUGUCACCUUCUCUUCCUCAGGAAACCUGGGAGACACCAAGUGACACCUUCCAUCUUCCUGAAAAAGCUAUGGUUUCUACACUUCCACCCUGUCCAGCCCUGGAGAAGACAGAUUCAUGGAUAAGUCCAUCUCUAAAUCUAUUUUAGGAUUUAAGGUUUGUCGCUGAGGCCAAUAGAGUUCCUGUGAGUUUCUCAUGGGGUAGGUGGGUUAGGUCUCAGCCACAGGCUUCUGGGAAAAUGGUGGCCUCAAGAUUAGUGCUGAAUCCUGUCUGGAUUAGGAGGGGCCUAAGGAGAGCAGUAAUGGGUGAGGUCAAAUUUUCCAUCAGUGUGUGAGGAAAUAGUCUCAGUAGCUGAUGCGUACUUCUUUAGGUUUAGAGGAUUUGAAGAAGAAAAGCUCGGGCUCAGUGUCUGGAGGAUUUGGUUUAGGAAUGUUGUAGGGCAGCUCCUGUGGGCAGCGGAGAGCUGGGGCAGCUACACAGACCACUAGUUCAGUCCGUAGCAUCACCGAAAAACAAAAGGUGUAUGUUUUUGUUUGGGUUUGUUUUGUUUUGCCUUUAGAUUGAAGUAGAUGUAAAAACUUACACACAGGUUAGAAAUGUAUUCCGCCGGCUCUUCCUUAAGACCUUACUUGAACUGUGCACUUUGUGUGUCCUAUGGGGGCAGAGAACAGGUGAUGCCGCUGUAGGGGGCAUUCUCUCAAUUUACAUUAUAUCCUAAGAGACCAGGGCGCUAAUGUCUUUGUUGUUAUUUCCUUCUGGUAAAUGUAAAAUCUGAGUUCAUUGUACUUGCCUAGAGGUGUUAACUUUCUUAGAUUAAAAAGCACAGCCUGAAAUGAGGGCAUUUGUGGGUACACACAUCAAUAAACCUGCCUUGGCAUCA